ACUUUUCUCUGCGAGUUGUGCUUAUUAUGCAUGAUUUUCGUACUUUACGGAUCAGAAAUGGGAUGGAGAUGUUCGGCAAGUGCUGGUGUUUUGCUUGACUGUUGGAAGCAGGCCACACGUGAAGGGUUCAGAGAAGAGCUUUGAAAGAAAGAGAACAUUAUGAAGUUGAAUGAGAGGAGCGUGGCGCAUUAUGCCACAUGCAACUCUCCUCCAGACAAGACAGGCUUCCUCUUCAAGAAAGGGGAACGGAACACGGCGUACCACCGCCGCUGGUUUAUUCUGAAGGGCAACAUGCUGUUCUACUUCGAGGAGAGGGAAAGCCGAGAGCCGAUUGGCGUCAUCGUCCUGGAAGGCUGCACGGUGGAGCUCUGCGAGUCGGAAUCCGAAGAGUUCGCCUUCGCCAUUAAAUUCGAUUGUGUCAAAGCGAGGGUCUACAAGAUGGCUGCGGAGAACCAGGCCACUAUGGAAUCGUGGGUCAAGGCUCUGUCCCGGGCGAGUUUCGACUACAUGCGGCUGGUCGUGAAGGAGCUGGAGAGGCAGCUGGAGGAGGUACAAGAAGAAGCCAGAUCUUCACAAGCCAAAAGCAAGCCGAAGAAGCACCAGCCGCAAGUGCAAGGAGCAACAAGCUUCCAACCCGCAACCUUUUCGCUACAGAACGCCUCCAUUACAGGGCCUUCGCAGGAAGGGGUGUCUAGUAGAGAAAAUGGGGUGUCUUGGAGUAAACCCACCAGCGUGCCAAACGGUGUCAGCGAGGGCUGCGUCUGGGAAGGGGACUGUUGUGGGAGGGGGGAUGGAGUCAAACCACCUCCGGUACCUCCGCGGAGGAAGACCAACGGCGGGUCACUCGAGAGCCCCGUUUCACCCGGCACAGGCUGCUUCUCCAAACUACACGACUGGUACGGCAAAGAGGUGGCUGAACUGAGAAUAGAAUGGCUGCAGAGCCAGUGAAUGAAAUCCACAAGAGACUCGAAAUAUACAUCCGCACACAAGACAUGCUCAGUGCAAUCUCGGUUAAAGGCAUAAUAGGUCAAAUUCAUCUAAAAACAAAGAGAGCAUUAGAAUCAUAAUCACUCGUCCACUGUUACUGAUGUUUUUUAUUUCGUUAAACAAGACCAAGCCAUUUUUUAAAGGAACAUUCUGUCAUCAUUUACUCACCCUCAUGUCUUUCCAAACCUCUCUAGAAAAUCUAGUUUAAAUGUUUUUAAAUACAGGAGAGUACAAUAAAUGUUUUAUCAACUGUAUGCACCAAUGUGACAAAGUAAACAGCAAUAGUAAAUAGCGCAACAGCAAUAGUGCAAUAUUUUUAAAGCAAGUGCAGCAUUUUUCAUUGUUUUAAAAAACUGAAAGUAUGCUGAAAAUGUACUCCCCUCAUUCCAUCUAAGAUGAAGAU